CCGAUAUUGAGAACCCAGGCAAGAAUGUUACCGGUACCAUGGUGAUUGGCCCGGAUGUGUUCUCCAAGUCGCGCACGAGUUGUGUCGAUGCCACGGCUUCAGACCCCCGGGACAAGGCAAAGAUACUCCAAAUGCUGUGGGAAAGACAUACUGUCGAAACAGUUGAUAGGCUCGUUCUACAAUACCGGCAGUAUGGAGAGCAGCCAAAGGAAUCCCACACCAAGUCAUGGAGAUCCGCAAUCAACUUACUGCUACUUGCCCUUUUGGCUGCAGUCCUUGUCAUUAUGAUUGUCCUUGCAGCAAGUAUCCGUGGGAAUCAUUCGGACGCCAGUUCACCACCAAGAGCAACAGAAAGGCCACCUCCCUCUACCGGUACAGCGCCUUCAUCUUCGGCUCUCGCCAGUUGUUUGGACACCGUGGAAGAAGACCUUGAUUUCUCUCCACAGUUCAGGGCAGGGCAAUGGAUUCUCCGAGAUCUAAACCUGGCGGCGACGGAGCAAUGGCAGCAGUGUCAGUUGUUUGCUCUUGCGACGUUCUUUUAUGCGUACAGAGGUCAAUUUUGGGAUCCCGAGAGAAAGCGGAUCUGGAUGAAUUUGGAUCUCAAUGAAUGCAGUUGGACCGGCGUGACCUGUGCUGGUGGUAACAGGGUAACCGGUACGCGCCCGGGGACUUCCCGGGCGGCCGUACACCCACACAAAUCAGUCUUCUUAGGUCGUUAGAGACGUUGGAAAUUGAAAACAUGCAACUACACGGGCGUCUCGAGCAGGUGAUGCCAUCGGAAUUAUCGAACUUGUCCAACCUUACCAGUCUGGUCUUCAACAACAACAGUCUCACCGGAGAAAUCCCUCCGCAUGUCGGGUCUCUCCGCCAUCUGACUCUCCUAAAUUUGAGCCACAAUCAACUACAGGGUGCACUACCGACAGAAAUCGCACUGUUGACGAACUUGGAAACGUUAUCUUUGGAAAGCAAUGCCUUUCGACAACCAGUACCCAAGUUCCUGGCAAACUUGACGUCGCUUGUAAAUCUUUCAAUCAAAGACAAUCCAAUCGCGGAGCAGCUACCACCGACAAUAUGCACAAUGCCGUCUCUCCGCUUUCUUCAGGCUGACUGUGACAUAUGUCCACCGGAGUGCUCGUAUCGAGAUCUCUGUCGAACGUGUGACCUUCCCACCACCCAGCCUUCGAUCGUGCCAACCAGUGUACCAAGUGCACCACCGUCACAGCCAGUGAACGUGCCCUCCGGUGAAGUGGAUGUUGAACAUGACGAUGGAGAUUCCAUUGAGACUCUUCCUUCGACUCCUCUCCUUGCAACCGUGGCCCCGACGUUACUUCCGUAUAUGGAGUUUGGCAUGACGCAAUAUCCAACGAGUGAACCAGACGAGUUUGUACUGAGUUUGCCCGAGUACACAAUAGCAGCUUUGAAUUUCGACAACUCCCCGCAGUCGCUGGCAUACCGGUGGCUCGAGGACCACCCAGAGCUGAUCUCGAUGACUGAUUGGAAGAAAGCUCAGCUGUUUGGAUUGGCUACAUUUCUCUACUCUUUUCCUCGAGAAGAAUGGUUUCAUUCUGGAUACGAGGCUUGGGAUAACUACACUGUUGUGAAUGAAUGCGAGGCCGACGGUGCCCUUGGCAGCACCCACACGAUUCACUGUGAUCUGGAUGGGCGCAUUACAGAGCUGUCGGCCCAUUCUAUACAGGGCAUCAACGUUUCUGUCUUACCCAAGGAACUGGGAAUGUUGUCUUCGUUGGAGGCCGUGAGUAUCUCCUUCAUGGGUGACUUAUCGAUUGAGCUGGAGAGUGCAAUUCCUCUUCAGCAGCUCUUGUACGUCCCAUUGAAGACCCUUUCAAUUCACGACACUGGAGUCUUCUCGUCGAUUCCCACCACUCUGGCAAUGAUGCGCGGCCUGACAAGCUUGGAACUACAAACCAAUGCCUUGACCAACGAGAUCCCGUCAGAGUUGGGUUUACUUUCGAGGCUCGAGACGCUGAACCUUUUUGGCAACCUGCACCUGGGAGGCGCAGUUCCUUCGGAGUUGGGAAUGGUAACGCUUCUAAAGUCACUAUUGUUGGAUCGAACCGCCGUUGGAGGAUUCAUCCCAGAGGAAGUUUGUGCGCUGUCGUCUUUAUCCCUCCGCGUAAACUGCUCACUGAUCACGAACUGCGCAGAGUGUGCUCCUUGCUUCUGCUACAUCUAAUAAUAGCCGAACCCGUUCCCCCGAUUUCGACACCAAUCACGCCCUUCGGAGCCGCCUAAUCUCGGAGAGCAAGCAAAAUACAAGGGCAGGUACAUGUAGCUAAGUACUCAGUAGCGUCAGAAGUCAACAUCCGUGGGGUUUGAAAGCUUCCAACGGACUUUGCUUGGUCCGACAUCUUGCGCUUGAAUCAUUCACACACUGGAAACAACC